ACAGGGUUGGAUGGCUCAGGGCUUGCGCUGAGGCUCAGCGAAGCUAGAGGCCGGUCCCCACGUCUCCAGGCAUCAGGGUUGCAGCCCAGCAGUGUCAAGGAGGACAGGGGGUGCGACUGAACGGCCAGACAGACUCCCUUGCUGGCCGCCUGUCCGGUUGCGCAUUCUGUGUCGGUGCGGUUGCUAGUUUCCAACAGGAAAUCUUGGUGGCUGUCAAAUUUGUGACCCAAGAAGUAGCAGCUAAAUGUCUGGGACGCUGACUCGAGGCUGGUUCGGGUUCUAAGGUCCCGGAGCAGUCCUGCCCACCAUGGACCCCGACCCCCAGGCAGGCGUGCAGGUGGGCAUGCGUGUGGUCCGCGGCGUGGACUGGAAGUGGGGCCAGCAGGACGGCGGCGAGGGCGGUGUGGGCACCGUGGUGGAGCUUGGCCGCCACGGAAGCCCCUCGACCCCUGACCGCACGGUAGUCGUGCAGUGGGACCACGGCACCCGCACCAACUACCGCGCAGGCUACCAGGGCGCACACGACCUGCUGCUGUACGACAAUGCCCAGAUCGGCGUCCGCCACCCCAACAUCGUCUGUGACUGCUGCAAGAAGCACGGGCUGCGGGGCAUGCGCUGGAAGUGCCGCGUCUGCUUCGACUACGACCUGUGCACGCAGUGCUACAUGCACGGCAAGCACGACCUCGCCCACGCCUUCGAGCGCUACGAGACGGCCCACUCGCGCCCGAUCACGCUGAGUCCCCGCCAGGGCCUCUCCAGGAUCCCACUGAGGGGCAUCUUCCAGGGGGCGAAGGUGGUGCGGGGCCCUGACUGGGAGUGGGGCUCGCAGGACGGCGGGGAAGGGAAGCCAGGCCGAGUGGCGGACAUCCGUGGCUGGGAUGUGGAGACGGGCCGGAGCGUGGCCAGUGUGACGUGGGCAGAUGGCACCACCAACGUGUACCGUGUGGGCCACAAGGGCAAGGUGGACCUCAAGUGUGUGGGCGAGGCGGCCGGUGGCUUCUACUACAAGGAGCACCUGCCACGGCUCGGCAAGCCGGCAGAGCUGCAGCGCAGGGUGAGUGCUGAUGGCCAGCCUUUCCAGCACGGGGACAAAGUCAAGUGUCUGCUGGACACAGACAUCCUGAGGGAGAUGCAGGAAGGCCACGGCGGGUGGAACCCCCGGAUGGCGGAGUUUAUCGGACAGACGGGCACGGUGCACCGUAUCACGGACCGCGGGGAUGUGCGUGUGCAGUUCGGCCAUGAGACCCGCUGGACCUUCCACCCUGGGGCUCUCACCAAGCACAAUGCCUUCUGGGUGGGCGAUGUGGUGCGGGUCAUCGAUGACCUUGACACGGUGAAGCGGCUGCAAGCUGGGCACGGCGAGUGGACAGAUGACAUGGCCCCUGCCCUGGGCCGCGUUGGGAAGGUGGUGAAAGUUUUCAGAGACGGUAACCUGCGUGUGGCAGUUGGCGGUCAACUGUGGACCUUCAGCCCCUCCUGCCUGGUGGCCUACCGCCCCGAGGAGGAUGCCAACCUGGAUGUGGCCGAGCGUGCCAGGGAGAACAAAAGCUCCUUGAGUGUCGCCCUGGACAAGCUUCGAGCCCAAAAGAGUGACCUUGAGCAUCCAGGGAGGCUGGUGGUGGAGGCGGCCCUGGGCAGUGUGGCCGGAGCCCUGGAACUGCUGAGGAGGCACCCUGAGCAGGUGGACGCCAGGAACCAGGGCAGGACUGCCCUGCAGGUGGCCUCCUACCUGGGUCAGGUGGAGCUGGUGCGGCUGCUGCUGCAGGCGCGGGCGGGCGCGGACCUGCCCGAUGAGGAGGGCAACACGGCGCUGCACUAUGCAGCCCUGGGGAACCAGCCCGAGGCCGCCCGGGUGCUCCUGAGCUCCGGGUGCGGCGCCAACGUCCUUAACGGCACCCGGAGCGCAGCGCUGCAUGUGGCCGUGCGGAGGGGCUUCCUGGAGGUGGUGAGGGUCCUGUGUGAACGCGGCUGUGAUGUCAACCUGCCUGAUGCCCACGCUGACACGCCCCUGCACUGUGCCAUCUCGGCGGGCGCCGGUGCCAGCGGCAUCGUGGAGGUCCUCACUGAGGUGCCAGGCAUCGACGUCACUGCCACCAACAGCCAGGGCUUCACCCUGCUGCACCACGCGGCCCUCAAGGGCCACACACUAGCUGUCAGGAGGAUUCUAGCUCGGGCGCGGCAGCUGGUCGAUGCCAAGAAGGAGGAUGGCUUUACGGCCUUGCACCUGGCCGCCCUCAACAACCACCGGGAGGUGAUCCAGAUUCUCAUCCGAGAGGGCCGCUGUGACGUGAACGCCCGCACCCGGCAGCUCCGGUCCGCGCUGCACCUGGCCGUGCAGCAGGCCCACGUGGGGCUGGUGCCGCUGCUGGUGGACGCUGGCUGCAGCGUCAAUGCCGAGGACGAGGAAGGGGACACGGCCUUGCACGUGGCGCUGCAGCGUCACCAGCUGCUGCCCUUGUCGGCCGAUGGGGCCGGGGGGGACCCGGGGCCCUUGCAGCUGCUGUCCAGGGUGAGGAAGUGUGGGUCUGGGUGCUGAGGAAGUGGGCCGCAGGCACUGGUGGCCUCCACCGAGGGUGCCGGCCCAGGGAGCCAGGCCUUCUUGGGGGUGGGGCAGUGGGGGGGUCCUGUGGCGUCGUCUGCGACCCCAGCCCGGGUCCAGCUUCCUGAGAAAAUGUGCUGCUGACCAGCCUGCGAAAGGGCUGGGGGCUCCGUGGGGGCGGGGCGGGGGUAGGGUACUGUCUCAGAUCCCCGCCCCUCCCCCUGCAGUUCCCGCUUUUCCUGCCCGCCCGUCUCCCGUCCUAACGUCCCAAAGGCCUCAGACAGCGAGGGGUGCUCACGCCCCUGCGCCGGGCCGGGCGGCGGGGGCUCCCCUCGGGCGCGCACGCAGGUGCUGAAGCCCGUCCGGAGCCCGCCCUCACCGGCGCUCGCCUGCC